UCCGUCAUAUAUCGGGGCGCCCUGGACUGCACAGCACUUGCUAGCUGGUUAGCAAACUUUAAAACAAAGUUACCCAGUAUAGCUCGGCUAUCUGAAACACAGAGAAGACACCGUCACAUUCACUCGAGGUGAACAAGAUGCCUGCAGUCUCUAAAGGGGAUGGGAUGCGUGGCCUGGCCGUAUUCAUCUCUGACAUCAGGAACUGUAAAAGUAAAGAGGCAGAAAUUAAGAGGAUAAACAAAGAACUGGCCAAUAUCCGUUCCAAAUUUAAAGGAGACAAGGCUCUUGACGGCUACAGUAAAAAAAAGUAUGUCUGCAAGCUGCUCUUUAUCUUCCUUCUGGGCCAUGAUAUCGACUUUGGACACAUGGAGGCUGUCAACCUCCUCAGCUCCAACAAGUACACGGAGAAACAAAUUGGUUACCUCUUUAUCUCAGUUCUGGUGAACUCCAACAGCGACCUCAUCCGUCUAAUCAACAACGGCAUUAAGAAUGACCUGGCCAGCCGCAACCCGACCUUCAUGAACCUGGCCCUGCACUGCAUCGCUAAUGUGGGCAGCAGAGAGAUGGCUGAGGCCUUUGCUUCUGAUAUUCCCAGGAUCUUGGUGGCAGGGGACACCAUGGACAGCGUGAAGCAGAGUGCAGCACUGUGUCUGCUGCGACUCAACAGGACGUCUGCUGACCUGGUGCCCAUGGGUGAAUGGACAGCUCGAGUGGUCCAUCUGCUUAAUGAUCAGCACCUGGGAGUGGUAACAGCAGCCACCAGCCUUAUUACCACUCUGGCCCAGAAGAGUCCUGACGACUUCAAAACCUCCAUCUCACUGGCUGUGGCCAGGCUCAGUAGAAUCGUGACUUCCGCAUCCAUCGACCUGCAGGACUAUACGUACUACUUUGUGGCUGCACCAUGGUUGUCUGUCAAAUUGCUGCGCCUGCUGCAGUGCUACCCUCCACCUGAGGAUGCAGCGCUGCGAAGUCGUCUGACAGAGUGCCUGGAGACCAUCCUCAAUAAAGCCCAGGAGCCACCCAAGUCCAAGAAGGUCCAGCACUCCAACGCCAAGAAUGCUGUUCUGUUUGAAGCCAUCUCCCUUAUUAUCCACCAUGACAGCGAGCCCACCCUGCUGGUACGAGCCUGCAACCAGCUAGGCCAGUUUCUGCAGCACAGGGAAACCAACCUCCGUUAUUUGGCCUUGGAGAGUAUGUGCACACUGGCCAGCUCUGAGUUUUCUCAUGAGACAGUAAAGACACAUAUAGAAACUGUGAUCAACUCUCUAAAGACAGAGCGAGAUGUGAGUGUUCGCCAGCGGGCUGUUGAUCUGCUCUAUGCCAUGUGUGACCGCAGCAACGCCAAGCAGAUAGUUGCAGAGAUGCUGAGCUACCUGGAGACUGCUGACUACUCAAUCAGAGAGGAGAUAGUGCUCAAGGUGGCUAUCCUGGCAGAAAAAUAUGCUGUGGACUACACCUGGUACGUGGAUACCAUCCUCAACCUAAUCCGCAUCGCUGGUGACUAUGUCAGUGAGGAGGUGUGGUAUCGUGUCAUCCAGAUUGUCAUAAACCGAGAUGAUGUCCAAGGCUAUGCUGCCAAGACUGUCUUUGAGGCACUACAGGCUCCCGCCUGCCAUGAGAACCUGGUUAAGGUCGGGGGUUACAUCCUGGGAGAGUUUGGUAAUCUAAUUGCUGGGGACUCGCGCUCCAGCCCUCUGGUCCAGUUCAACCUUCUACACUCCAAGUUCCAUCUGUGCUCGGUGCCAACUCGGGCGCUGUUGCUGUCGGCCUACAUCAAGUUCAUCAACUUGUUUCCAGAAGUCAAGGCCACGAUCCAAGAUGUCCUUCGCUCAGACAGCCAGCUCCGCAACGCUGAUGUGGAGCUUCAGCAGAGAGCCGUCGAGUACCUGAGGCUCAGCUGCAUCGCCAGCACUGACAUACUGGCCACAGUCUUAGAAGAGAUGCCUCCAUUCCCAGAGAGAGAGUCUUCAAUCCUGGCCAAGCUGAAGAGGAAGAAGGGCCCGGGCCACCUGCCGGACAUCGACGAUGCCCGGCGGAAUGUCAACGGCAGCACCGAGCACAGCGAGGACACCGAAGCCACAAAAAAAUCUUCUCCUUCACUGAUGGCAGACCUUGUCUCUACCAACAGACCCCGCCCUGCCUCCUCUAGUCCCAUCAUGCUCUCUGCUGCGACCAUGGGUUCCACCCACCCCUUCACAGACCUGCUCAAUCUAAACUCCACCCCUUCACCAGGAGGCAGUCUGCUGGUUGAUGUCUUUUCUGACAGCUCCACCCCUGCAGCCGUAGACGUGUGUGAGGAAAACUUUCCCAGAUUUGUUUGUAAGAACAAUGGUGUCAUCUACGAGAGCCAGCUUUUGCAGAUUGGACUGAAGUCUGAGUACAGGCAGAACCUGGGUCGCAUGUAUGUUUUCUACGGCAACAAGACAUCCACCCAGUUCCUCAGCUUCUCCUCGUCAGUGACCGUUCACGACACGCUCAAGACUCAGCUGAAUGUCCACACUAAGACAGUAGACCCCAUAAUAGAGGCUGGGGCUCAGGUCCAGCAGAUCCUCAACAUUGAGUGUGUGUCAGAUUUCACAGAGGCGCUGGUGCUCAACAUCCAGUUCAGAUACGGUGGAACUCUUCAGAACAUUGCAGUGAAGCUCCCAGUGAUGCUCAACAAGUUUUUUCAGCCCACAGAGAUGACAUCUCAAGACUUCUUCCAGCGCUGGAAACAGCUUGGAGCUCCUCAGCAAGAGGUGCAGAAAAUCUUCAAAGCCAAACACCCAAUGGACAUAGAUGUUGCCAAGGCCAAGAUCUUAGGUUUUGGUGUAGCUCUGCUGGACGGGGUGGAUCCUAACCCCGCAAACUUUGUUGGAGCUGGAGUCAUUCACACUAAGAACACCCAGGUGGGCUGCCUCCUCAGACUGGAGCCCAACACACAAGCGCAGAUGUACCGUCUCACCCUCCGGACCAGCAGGGACUCUGUGUCUCAGAGACUGUGUGAUCUCCUCUCUGAACAGUUUUAGACUCAACCCAGCACCAGCAUUUUUACACCUCUCCUCUCCUCGUCUCACUUUAGUUUGGAAUUGAUGUAUUGUACAGUGUAAAUUGUUUUUUGUUUUUUUAUUUUACUUACUCUACAUUUAAAUGAAGUGAAACGUAUUCUUCACACACAGCUUUACUAAUAUGUCACUGCUUUAAACCGUGUGUGGUUGCUGCUUGGGUACUGCCUUUCUUACUCUAACACUUUGAAGAGUUGGUCAGGAAGCGUUCGUCAGAUUAAGUUAGUUGAAAAUCUCAGUAGGAUGGUAAUCUUACCAGUGAUCUCAGCAGUGAUUUCAGUUGUUCAGAGAGUGUUUCUAUAAGACAUUUAUUCUUGUAGUGAUUCAAAUAUUGCACAGAUCUGGGAAGCUUUCUUGAACUUCUCACCCGUUUUGCACUUAUUAGAUAAAAACAUUAGAUAACAGAAGUAGAUCAAAUAGAUUUAGACAAGAGAAUUUUGACCUUGAUGUCAGAAUUCUUUCUUAUUUCACCAAUUUUACACGUCUGUCAUCUCAGGAGGAAAAGCAAAGCUUUGCAUUGUGGUAUUUUUUUUUUUAGCAAAGAUAGACUUUGCUUCUGUUAUUAUGCAUAAAUUUCACAUAUAGCAUUCAGACACACAGAUAAAAUGGCAUUAAGUAGAAAAUAGAACACUAGGUAGCGCGUGGAUAUCAGUUUCUGAUAGUGAUGGGAUUCAUAGUGUUCCACACAAUUGUGCCUGUGAACUGUUACUUACUGUGAGGAACAGAAAGAGCCUUGAAAUAGAGUACGAGUAUAAUUUGAAGCACUGCCACACUGUCACACUACCUUCACCUGAUUGCAUUUUUUUCACAAAGCACUGCCAACUAGUAAUAUUUCUGUAUUUCAGUAACAUAUUGUGUACGCUCUGUUUUAUGAAAUGUACUCGUAUCAUAAUGGCUUAUUUGAUGUUUAGCAUAGAGACAAAAUCUUCCCACUACAGCCAUUAAAGCAGAGGGAAUAUGACAAUCUACAGUUUUACACUGGGUUGUCAAGACUCCAGCAAGUUUGUGGCCGAAAUAGUCAUAACCAUCUCCUGGCUGUAGCGUCAUAUUUAACAGACACAUAUGAUAUUGUAAGUGAUAUUGAUCCUCUUGAGUAACUCUCAGCAAGAAAAUAAAUAUGGUAUAUACCAAAAUAUUAAUUAGAAUUAGCGUGAAAUUUAGGAAUAAAUGUAAAGAAUUUAAGAGUAAGUCUGUACAUUGUGGUAAGGAUUUGGCCGUUUCAUGAAUAAGGGUCCUGUAAUCUGGACCGGAGAAGCUUUACUGUUACUGGAAUUUUACCACAUCGUUACCAUGUUUCAGCAAUAUGGGCCCACAACCAUUUACUCAUUUCUGUCUUUUAGAGAACAAGGUUUGACAUCAUUUUAAGACCAGUGGGCUUGACCCUUUUGGAAAUCUUGAUAUUGUUUGUUUACCUUUGCCAGGCCCUGGAGAUCCCAGCUGUGCUCCAGAGGGCCAACCAGCCCAGUGUCACGCUGUGCCUUCUGUGUUUUUAUGUAUGUAUGUCAAGGGAUGAAAUUGCUAACAAUGAAUAGAACAAAGUGCAUGUGUAAAUGACCUUUUGACAAUAAGCACUGAUGUUCUUUCCAGCCUGUUUUGGAUACAGUACUGUUGAAAAGUCCAAUGGCUGGAUGUUAAAUGUCAAAGGUGUCACUGGGAGAGACAGCGGCAACAGAUUAGUACCCCAAUCUGCAGUUCUUAAUUCGAAGGGGCAUUUUAGCUUCUUCAGAGUCUUUAUUUACACCUGCAACUUAACUUUUUAUAGCUCAGGACGAUUGGUUUCAUUGGAGUCAUGCUGAGAUGCAGCAGGCAGCUGUGAGAUAACAAAAUAGCUCUGACAGGGUGACAGGUGUCCAACAGCAGACAAAGUUAGCUAGCUGGACACAUGGUGGAGCAUUGUGGCUGCAUGUUUCCUCAAGAGCCGAGGAAGACCUGAACAGAGCUAAGAGGAGACUGAAUACUGGACUUCGGUUUUCUAGGUUGCUGAAAACACAACACCCCAAAAAUGCUAAUGUUGCUCUGAAUUUGCUGAAUAUGUAACUAAGCUUCUGUUUGCUAACAAAUUUGGGCAAAAAUUUUGAAGCAAUUUUAUUGUUUUUUUUAGCCUGGGUCUUGUUUCAUUAUUUUGUCCAGUAUACUCUCGUUAUGGUUCGGUGCACUGUAGGCUGACUUCCCUCUGCUGUGACAGUGUGCUCAGCUGGACCGACUCUACACCAGUGUCCAAAAUAUGAUCCACAGAGGGCUUGAAAACUCAAAUCCAGGCUUAACCAGUUACCAGCCUCAUGUUUUCAGCAUGAACCUAAUUGAACUUAAAGCUCAUAUUAACUGAUUUGAUAGUUCACUCUAAAAGCAACCGAGAGUCAUAUUUCUGUGUUAAAGCGGUGUUCAAGUGGAGUGCAGGGUACGAGGUUUUGCUACAAUAUACUGUAGAUAUUUGGGCCUAAACCUGGACAUUAAGACCUAGCUUUUGUCCUUGGUACCGCAUCCAUCCUGUACGCUCAGUGCUAGCUAUCAGUAGCCAUUCGAACUGCAGACAUCUAACAAUGCUGUUGUUUUUUGUGCCUUCUACGAAGUGUUUGGUCUCUGUGCCAGACGCAGGAUUAUGCUGCAUUUGAAAAAGAAGAAAAAACUGAAAAUGUUGUUGCUAUUUAAAUGUAAUGUCAUUUCAGCAUCCACGUCCAAAAGUUGUUUUACCAAUAAAAAAAAAAUCAGCUUGCAUUUGAAUAGAAAAAACAUGACUAGUUGUACAGUACAUAUUUACAAUGUGCAUACAACAUAACCAAACUGUCAACAUCCCACAAUGCACUUGCAAUGACCUGUGUACAGUUGACUGCAGGGGUCUUUAAUGCAAGUGUCACUGCUGGCUUGCUCUCCUCGAGCACUCCAGAGCACUCAGUCCUGGUUGAGUAGCGCCCUCUAGUGGGCCAAGCUUGCAGACUUUUUUUGUUUUGGAAGCUUGUGAGUCAAAGACAACUGCACCAGUCUGUUUCCAUUUCUGCUAUGCAUCACUUUUAUUCUUGAACUGGUGCCAGUUUCUUUCCUGAUUUCCACUUUACUUGAAACUUGCAGCACAAUUUAUCACUGACACACACAUUACACUUUAACUCCAUUCAGGUCAAAUGAAUGCUCAGUCACCACUUUUCACCAGAACUGAUGGUUCACUUAGUAUGAACACUUAAAGUGACACUUCAAUUUUAUUCCGUGCUCACACUUCAACUUCUCUCAGUACUUUCAUCUUAUUUUACCAGACAUAUGUAACAAUUAUGUAAUGGCAUUUCACAAUUACACACACCAUCAUGGUUUGACCUUGUUGAUGUCAAAGACUCAAUGUAGCAGCGGUUGUAGGUGUUGAAUACUAACAAAAUAAUCCUUGUUAAACUAAAUCAGCUGUCACAGCUACACUCUGUUUUCUGCCAUAUGGGUAUUGCAAUAUAGACAUUUGUUUCUUGCAUGCUGUCUCUGGGUCAUACUUCUGUGUCUGUCUCACACACAAACUGUUCUCGGUCAACGCUCUGACUUGGUCGUCAUGUGAAAGAGGGUUGAGCCAUAGCAGUGGGAAAGGUUUUGGCAGGAUUGCAAUCUGCUUCCAUUUUAAAGCAAUAAUGAAGAAUCUACGGUAAGAACAAAUAGGAAAUAAAACUCACUUUUGGGAGCAGUGUAUGUAACAAAAUGAUCUGAAUACAUUGUGAGAAUUUACAUUGUUGGAGCAAUUCUUUCUUACAGAUGUAUUUUUCAAAAUGUGCAAUGUUACAGUCCUGACAACUUUAAAUACGCAAAUAAUCAGUCAAAAGCACAAUAAUGUUUAU